AUGUCUUCUUCAGAACUCAAAUCUUUGGCCAAAAGAAUUCCGGACCGAAUCCGGACUUCUUCAAUCCUCCCGACACUCCCGGCUAGAAUCUCAAACCCCUGCAAGCGGCACAUUCCAGGAGGACUUGAAGGGUUAAUGACUGGCAAGGAUGGCUUGUCCUCGUCCUUUGUGGAGACCGUAGCGGGAUUCACGGCCGGAAUCGCUUCGACGCUCUGCCUGCAUCCGCUAGAUCUGCUCAAGACUCGGCUUCAAGUCGACCGAUUAUCCUCUUCGCGUGUCGGCGGUUCAGUCCCAGUAAUCCGCGAGAUCUUCCAGAAUGAGGGCGGCAUCAAAGCCUUCUACAGAGGUCUGACACCCAACAUAGUUGGGAAUUCCACAAGUUGGGCGCUGUACUUCUUGUGCUACGGCAACAUCAAGGAUGUAAUGCGCACCUGGCGCAGUGGUUCUGAAGACCAGGCCCUCACCUCGGCCGACUACUUCCUAGCCUCAGGAUCUGCAGGGAUGUUGACGUCCGCGCUAACCAAUCCGAUCUGGGUGAUAAAAACCCGCAUGCUAUCAACAGGAUCCCAGAGCCCCGGAGCAUACGCGUCGUUUACAACGGGAGCGAAGGAGAUUCUUCGCUCGGAGGGUAUUGCGGGCUUCUAUCGGGGCCUGGUUCCAGCUCUGUUUGGAGUCAGCCAUGGCGCACUUCAAUUCAUGGCGUACGAGCAAUUGAAAUUGUAUCGCUCCCGCAUGGCUCCUCCGGCCGGAACAACUGGCCUUCAACGAGAUGCUGGUUCGAGUCAUGUGUCGUCGCUGUCAUCGGACGCGGCCCGGUCGGGGAUACGGGAGCUGGGGAAUGUAGACUUAUUCGUGAUCUCCAGCUUGUCGAAACUGUUCGCCGGGUGUGUUACCUAUCCGUAUCAGGUGUUGCGGUCUCGCUUGCAGACAUACGAUGCUCACCUCGUGUAUUCGGGCGUCAGGGAUGCCGUUGCUCAGAUUUGGGCCAGAGAAGGUAUCACUGGCUUCUACAAGGGCCUUGGCCCCAAUUUGCUGCGCGUGCUGCCCAGUACGUGGGUCACUUUCCUGGUGUAUGAAAAUACCAGAGCGUACCUACCAGGGUUAUUAUCCAACCUUUGAUAGAGAGGAAUUUGUUGCCUUAUCCGCGCGGAAAGCGGAGGCAACUACGUCUACCUAUCGGACAUAUGUCACAGCUGCUCAGAUCUCGC